AUGCUGAGCACGCUGGGCAGCUGGCCUAGCGUGGCCGGGCCCGGCCGGACCAGCAGCGCCGCGCUGUACCAGCAGGGAGCGCCGGCCAGCGCCGCCGUCCUGACCCAGCGCUCGGCUGGCGGCAGCGGCCCGCCGCGACUCUGUCAUGAACUGGGACAGGGUGCGCCCUGCCUUCGGUGUGGACCCGCCUGUCCCGGCUUCGACCUGCACUACUGGAGGAAGGCCUGUCGCCACUGCAGCUGCAGCGCCGCGGAGCACGGCGUCCAUCAGGACGAGACGGCCGGAGCAGCUCAGGCCCGGCAGCUGCUGGACUCGGGACGACCGCCGCCGCACCCCUACACGGCCGUCAACAGUCGCGGCGGACGGUACGGCGGCGUGUCCUCGGAGCCGACCCAGCUGGAGUGGGUGCCGCCCGGCGUGGCUCCUGACCUGGCGGAGCGGUACCUGAGUUACCUGCCGCCCGGGCGGAUACCGGUACGGGGUACCAGCGGCGCCGUACUCCGUCAGCGCAGCCUACAGACCCAGCUGCCGCCGCAGGACCUCGACCUCAGCCGGUGGCACCUCCAGUCCGGCGGACCGGAGGCCCAGAGGAUGCAGUCCUACGUGCAAGAUGUCAGACAGAACGCCGUUGGCCAGGGCAUCGUCUGCGAGUUUCCUCCUAACGGGCCCUACCAGCGCGGCUUCAUGCCGAAUAACGCAUGGAGUCCGCCGUCGGCCGGGGCGGCCCAGUGGCGCGGCGGUCCGCCGGCCUCCGUCUGCCAGCCGCUCCUGCAGGGUGGCGAGCCCACCUACUUCGCCAGUAUGACGGCGGUAUAG